AAGGGGCACCUAUCCUUACUUUAUGGGGCAGCAGCCUGGAAAAGUUCUUGGGGACCAACGAAGGCCAAGCUUGCCUGCCCUGCACUUCAUCAAAGGAGCAGGGAAGAAGGAGUCGUCCAGGCAUGGGGGGCCCCACUGCAACGUGUUUGUGGAACACGAAGCCCUCCAAAGGCCCGUAGCAUCCGACUUCGAGCCGCAAGGUCUGAGCGAAGCGGCUCGUUGGAACUCCAAAGAAAACCUCCUCGCUGGUCCCAGUGAAAAUGACCCCAACCUCUUCGUUGCGCUGUACGAUUUUGUGGCCAGCGGGGAUAACACUCUAAGCAUAACUAAAGGUGAGAAGCUCCGGGUCUUAGGCUACAAUCACAAUGGGGAAUGGUGUGAAGCCCAAACCAAAAAUGGCCAAGGGUGGGUCCCGAGCAACUACAUCACGCCCGUCAACAGCCUGGAGAAGCAUUCCUGGUACCAUGGGCCGGUAUCCCGCAACGCUGCUGAGUACCUGCUGAGCAGUGGGAUCAAUGGCAGCUUCCUAGUGCGGGAGAGCGAGAGCAGCCCCGGGCAGAGGUCCAUCUCACUGAGAUACGAAGGGAGGGUGUACCACUACAGGAUCAACACUGCUUCCGAUGGCAAGCUCUACGUCUCCUCGGAGAGCCGCUUCAACACGCUGGCCGAGCUGGUCCACCAUCACUCCACUGUGGCGGACGGGCUCAUCACCACUCUCCACUACCCCGCCCCCAAGCGCAACAAGCCCACCGUCUACGGCGUGUCCCCCAACUACGACAAGUGGGAGAUGGAGCGCACGGACAUCACCAUGAAGCACAAGCUGGGAGGAGGCCAGUACGGGGAGGUGUAUGAAGGCGUGUGGAAGAAGUACAGCCUGACGGUGGCCGUGAAGACCUUGAAGGAGGACACCAUGGAGGUGGAAGAGUUCUUGAAAGAAGCCGCAGUAAUGAAAGAGAUCAAGCACCCUAACCUAGUGCAGCUGCUCGGGGUGUGCACCCGGGAGCCCCCGUUCUAUAUAAUCACUGAGUUCAUGACCUAUGGGAACCUGCUGGACUACCUGAGAGAGUGCAACCGGCAGGAGGUGAACGCCGUGGUGCUGCUGUACAUGGCCACGCAGAUCUCAUCCGCCAUGGAGUACCUGGAGAAGAAAAACUUCAUCCACAGAGAUCUUGCUGCCCGAAACUGCCUGGUAGGGGAAAACCACUUGGUGAAGGUGGCCGAUUUUGGCCUGAGCAGGUUAAUGACGGGGGAUACCUACACAGCCCACGCCGGGGCCAAAUUCCCCAUCAAGUGGACCGCGCCCGAAAGCCUGGCCUACAACAAAUUCUCCAUCAAGUCCGAUGUCUGGGCAUUUGGAGUACUGCUCUGGGAGAUCGCUACCUAUGGCAUGUCACCUUACCCGGGAAUCGACCUGUCCCAGGUGUACGAGCUGCUAGAGAAAGACUACCGCAUGGAGCGCCCGGAAGGCUGCCCAGAGAAGGUCUAUGAACUCAUGCGAGCAUGUUGGCAGUGGAACCCCUCUGACCGGCCCUCCUUCGCUGAAAUCCACCAAGCCUUUGAGACCAUGUUCCAGGAAUCCAGCAUAUCAGAUGAGGUGGAAAAGGAGCUGGGGAAGAAAGGCAUGCGAGCAGUUGCCAGCUCUUUGCUGCAGGCGCCAGAGCUGCCCACCAAGAUGAGAACCUCCAGGAGAGCCACGGAACACAAGGACUCUGCCGAUGUGCCUGAGCCGCCGCACUCCAAGGGCCUGGGAGAGCCCGAUGGUCCGGACCACGAGCCUGCCGUGUCCCCAUUGCUCCCUCGAAAGGAACGCGGUCCCCAGGAUGGUGGCCUAAACGAAGAUGAACGCCUCCUCCCCAAAGACAAAAAGACCAACUUGUUUAGCGCCUUGAUCAAGAAGAAGAAGAAAACAGCCCCGACCCCCCCUAAACGCAGCAGCUCCUUCCGGGAGAUGGACGGCCAGCCAGAGCGCAAGGGGGCCGGGGAGGAAGAGGGCCGUGAGGUCAGCAACGGGGUGCCUGCUCUCACAUCCUUGGACACCGCCGAGCCAGCCAAGUCCCCAAAGCCCAGCAGUGGGGCCGGUGUCCCCAAUGGAGCCUUUCGGGAGUCAGGGGGCGCAGGCUUCCGGUCUCCCCACCUAUGGAAAAAGUCCAGCACGCUGACCACCAGCCGCUUAGCAGCCGGCGAGGAGGAGAGUGGCAGCAGCGCCAGCAAGCGCUUCCUGAGGUCCUGCUCUGCUUCCUGCGUGCCCCACGGGGCCAAGGACGCAGAGUGGAGGUCAGUCACGCUGCCUCGGGAUCUGCCGUCCACGGGAAGACAGUUUGACUCAUCCACGUUUGGAGGGCACAAAAGUGAGAAGCCAGCUCUGCCUCGGAAGCGGGCGAGCGAGAACAGGUCUGACCAGGUGACCAGAGGCACAGUGACGCCCCCACCCAGGCUGGUGAAAAAGACGGAGGAUGUGGCUGAUGAGGUCUUCAGGGAUGCGGCAGAGUCCAGUCCAGGCUCCAGCCCUCCCAGCCUGACUCCAAAACUCCUCCGUAGGCAGGUGGUGGCUCCUGCCGCUGCUCUGCCCCACAAGGAAGAGGCUGGGAGGUCCAGUGCCUUGGGGACGCCUGCUGCUGCUGAGCCAGCGCCCUCCACUGGCAGAGCAGGGCUGGGCGCUUCUGGAGGGACUAUCAAGGCCCCCUCCGAGGAGUCCAGAAUGAGGAGGCACAAGCCCUCCUCUGAGUCCCCUGGGAGAGACAAAGGGAAGUUGUCCAGGCUCAAGCCGGCCCCACCGCCCCCGCCGCCAGCCUCUGUCGGGAAAGCCGGGAAGCCCUCUCCAAGCCCCAGCCAGGAAGCAGCUGGGGAGGCAGGCGCCGGGGGGAAGGCAAAACCCGUGGCUGCGGUUGGGGAUGCCAUAAACAGCGAUGCUGCCAAACCUAGCCAGCUGGGCGAGGGCAUCAAAAAGCCUGUACUCCCGGCCAUGCCAAAGCCUCAGUCAUCCACCAAGCCAGUGGGGACCCCAACCAGCCCAGCCCCCACUCCCUCCGCUUUGCCAUCAGCAUCCUCUGCCCUGGCGGGGGACCAGCCAUCCUCCACCGCCUUCAUCCCUCUCAUAUCGACCCGCGUGUCUCUUCGGAAAACCCGCCAACCUCCUGAGCGUAUCGCCAGUGGCGCCAUCACCAAGGGCGUGGUUCUGGACAGCACCGAGGCCCUGUGCCUGGCCAUCUCCAGGAACUCCGAGCAGAUGGCCAGCCACAGCGCUGUGCUAGAAGCCGGCAAAAACCUCUACACGUUCUGCGUCAGCUACGUGGACUCCAUCCAGCAAAUGAGGAACAAGUUCGCCUUCCGCGAGGCCAUCAACAAGCUGGAGAACAAUCUCCGGGAGCUUCAGAUCUGCCCGGCAACGGCGGGGAGUGGCCUGGCGGCCCCUCAGGACUUCAGCAAACUCCUCAGUUCUGUGAAGGAGAUCAGUGACAUCGUACAGAGGUAGCAGAAGCCAGGCGUCAGGCCAGCCGGAGCCGCCUGUAGUGCGUGAGGGCCCCCUGCGCCCGCGAUGGUGGCUGACACAGGACCAGUGCGCGGGACCUCGCCCCAGAGCUGAGGGCCACCGUGGGGCGCAGCCCUGCCACCUACACUGCGCACCAGCCGUCCUCUGCACUUUCCUCCUCCUCGGCCCGGCUCGCCGAGCCCUCCCCAUCCUGAGUUCUGUCUGCGGAGCCCACGCGGUGGAUGCCAUGGGCACGCGGCCGGCUCCCCACAGGGGCUUCAAGACUGAGCCCUCAGGCCAGCUGGGAAGAUGGCUGCGCUUCUCCUCGCUGCAGUCCUUCCUGGAGGGUGUCCCCUGGCCCUGCCUUCUCCAUUUUCCCCAAGAACGAGUGGUCUGAACAGGAGCCACGUCACCAGGGUACUGUCACCUUCACUCCCCUGCUGAGGGAGCUUGUGCCCUCAUCCUCCCUGUGCUUCCUGCGCUUAAGACAUUCCCAGAACGACGCCCUGGCAAGCUCCGCCCCCCGGUCGCUGCCCUCCACUGCUGCCAGGGCCGGUGCCCGCACCUCUCCCCGUGUGAGGGACAGCUCUCAUUUGGGGGUGGGGGGCAAAACAGGGUGCGAACACCAGCCGGCCUUUGGGUCCCAGGAAGGGGGUGGACUGAGGAGGCCCAUGGUGUGGGAGAAUGUCCUGUCAUUUUCCCCUGCAGGUCCCCGCAGCCCAGUUCCUUGCUCACCUGUGACGUGCACAGCCAACGCUGGAGAGUGAGCCUAAGGGUUAAGGGUGGCAGAGUCGGGGCCCAGCACACAGCGUUGGCGGGGCGGGGGGCUUGUUAGGUGAAGAGCCGGUGCUGCGGUGGGCCGGGGCUGGGCCUGGGUAGCUCCUCCGUGGGCCCCAUGUUGCCUUCCAGUGGAACUUCCAGGUGAUCUUGGUCCCUGACCGCCCUCCUUCACCUCCCGUGUACCAACUACCCUGAGACAAAGUGGGGUCUUGCAGGGCUCUUUUCUCUGGGACAAGCCGGUUUCAGGUUUUGGGUGUUCUUGAAGCCUGGCCCAGCUCUGCCUUCAUCCCGCCGUCCCCGGUGCAGACAGCGGGCACCAGCACGCUAACAGGAAGGAAAGGGCCGGGGCGCCGAAGCCGCACCAGUGUUGGAUGCUCCCUUGUGGACGGACAUCUUAUUUAAUUACCACGAGCAACACUUAGCCAUCAGGGAAGAAGAAAUUCACAAAGAAAUGAAACCCCAGAAAGUGUCUCGAAGAGCAGGCCCUGGCGUACCCUUCCCCUGGGCUGCCCAGGACCAGGCUUAUGGGGCAGGGGCCCAGGUCUCCUUGACCUUGACCUAGAGCAGCUACUGAAGAGUGGGCAGGCAUCAGCCUGCAUCUUACUCCAGGCCCAGAAGCAACCCUGGGGGGAACCAGGAGAGAACCACCUUCUCCCCACGCCUUCUCACACCCGUGACCUCACCCAGGCCCCGUUUUGCCCUAUCCGCCUAAACUUGUAUUUUAUUUCUCCGGACCGUGUGAUACUGUUCUCACAGCACAUCACCUCUGCGCCCCCCCAGACUGCUGUGUCACACAGGCUGAGGGGGGGCUGGAACACCGCCAGCGGCCUUGCAGAUGAAGCAAACCAGCCCCGCCCGGCUCCUCGCCCCGCUUCUGUGAGGUACUGGUCUCCUCUCCACACGACGUGCCACUAUAUUUUGCAUUUAUACCUUCGUAUUACACUCUUGUAGACUUGCUCUUUUAUAAAUGACAUGUAAAUAGUUUUCCACGCCCCUCCCUUAAAUGCCUACGGUCCUCCUCUCUUUUUUUUUUUUUUUUGGUCCAGUACAUUUUGUUUCUGUAUAUGACUAUAUGUUUUUUGAAUCCACGUCUCU